AUGGAUUGGGAGGAGACGGUUUACUUCGCGGAUAAGAAAAGUAGACAGACGUACGAACUCAAGCACCACACAGCACACUCAACGAAUAUCACAAUGUCAUUUGGCCAAGCAGCCCUCCACCACUCUAUUUCACUUCAAAUAAGUCCUUUGAAUUGGUCCUUUGACGAUGAUGGUGGUGAUUGUGUUGGCGGUGGUGGUGGUGGUGGUGGUCGUGCUCGAGACGGUGUCUGCUUCGUCGAUCCAGCAAUGCACUCCUUGGCUGCUGAACUCUCCAUUCGCUACGACGCCUCCGACUCAACUGUCCACCAGACCAUUCACGCAUCCCCUCAAUAA